AUGUCAUCACAGAUUAUAAUAAAAUCCAAAAUAAGUUCGAUUGUUGUUUUCCUAUUUUUCUUAGUUAUUGUUUAUUUCUACUAUCUAACAAACGUUUUAAUAUCUCAAAUAUAGCUAGAUAUUUCUUAUAUACAAUAGCAAUGGUGUUAACAGUGGCCAGCUGGUUUGGUCUCGUCUCAGUUAUACUAAUUGGGUUGUUUGGAUUUGGACUGUAUUUAACCCUGUUAACUUUCAUAGUUUCUUUCCUUAUUGGAAUUUUAACUAUAUUAUAUUUUAACUAUGACCACAAUAAAGUAUUCUCCAUCGACUUGGACUACCUUGAUGAUCCUCUGAGACAAAGUAACUUUUCUGUUCAAAUUCCAAAGGUAUUGGAACUUUUCAAAAAGGAGCCACAUUUAGCAAAGUUUGAUAAUAGAAUAACUGGCAGUGAAACUGUAGAUUCAUUUUUGAAUGAAAUAGUGACUAUAAUAAUUAAUGACUAUGUGACACCAUGGUAUGAGAUUCUGACCACAGAUACAGAGUUAACUGAGCACUCAAUACGAAAAGUGGUUUUAGCAGGAGGCGUAAAUAUAGCCAAUAGAGUAAAAUGUGUAGAUUGGGUCCAUAUAUUAACCACAAGGUUUCCAGAAGAGUUGACAUCCCAUUUAAAAUUGUUUAAACAGUCUAAGAUAAGGUUAAAACACAUUGACUUAACAAGUGCCAAGGAUGUAGCAAACGGUAAUGGUAAACCAAGUCCAAAGAAGCAGGAUGACAGGAAAACCCAUAAAAGGAACAAGAGUGAUACAGAACUGGCAUGGCCACCAGAUUCAUCCACCUAUGGAAAGUCCAAGUUUUACUCUGACAGUGGAGAGCAUGGGACUGAGAAGUCAUUGGUUGACUUGUUCUUUGACUUAGAAUGUGCUGUAGAAAAUAAACAAAUAUGCAGAGACAUAUUUUGUUUAGAUCCUGACAAAGAAUAUGCACUUCUAAGCGAGGUAUCUCAAGCAGUAUUAUAUUUAGUGGCACCCGAAGAGGCGUGGAACUGCCACGCCUUGAAGCUACUUUUGACUGAACUCCUGUCGGCCGUGGUUUUAAAACCACUGGUCAACUUGCUAAGUGACCCUGACAACAUUAACAGAGCUAUAAUAAGAAUGUUUUGCAAAGAUAUUAGUCUAUCAUCUGAGUUGUUCCUCAUGGUGAUCCGGUGCAGCAGCGAUGCGGAAGAGCUGGACGCUACUUUAGAUAUGGUCCAGAAGGAUAUUCAGAAACUUCAUUCCAAAGACAGUGCAGGAGAGUGGGAAAUACAAGACAGACAGAAGUUAUCGUCGCUACAGUAUCUUUCUAGAAUAGUCCAAGCCAGGAGAGCAACGCUAGGGCCUCGAGAAGGGUCAUCCAACAACAGUAAUCCUGAAAAAGUGACAGAAGAAGUAAAGCGUUCGCUGAAGUUCCUUACAGAAGUCACAGCAUGGAAAUCUAAUGCACAAUACUGUCUAGAAAUAGAACUGAAUGAAAAUGAUUCAGCGCAGACAUCCAAAGCCGUCCUAGACAGUCUUCGCUCAACAGCCCUAGAGCUAUGCGACAUGUACCUAGCGACCAACUCGCCGCCAAUGAUCGGCCUACCCGCGAACUGCCAUGCGGAUCUAGUGAGGAAGAUCACCACUGAUGGAGAACAGUUCACUAGUAACCCUCAGGCUUGCUUCGAUGACCUGGCUAAAGCGAUUUAUGAUGCUUUGGAGGACGAUCCAUCUUGGCAAGCAGACUACAUGCUGGACGAACAGGCAGAAGCUGAAAGGAUGAAUGACUACAGAAAGGAAGAAAAGUUUGAAACGAAGAAAUACAGUGAGAAGUGUAAGCGAAUGGUGAAGAGUUGUAUGUCAAGGAUACCGCGUUUAUUUCAAAAGUCAAAAUCCACUUAUCCGAGGAAAAUUGUUCCGAAUAAGUAUUCUACCUUUCCCCGAUCGCCGACCCGAAGAAAUUAUAACCCCAAGACUCAUACGCUGCCGAAAUGCAAAUGUGAUACGUUGUCUACGCCAGGCAUGGCCCGGCACAGUCGCUCGCGAUCCGACAUUGUUGGGAGUCAGAAGAUGAUCAAUGAAAGUUCUGGUGGUUCAUCCGGACUGUCGUCGGCUAACACGAGCAGUCUAUCUCUCUCACACUCGGAGAUAAAUUCAAAGUAUACCUCUCCUCUCUCAGCCAGUAUUAUAGAAACUGCUCUAGUCCAAUCGAAAGGUAAAACAUUUGGCAUCUACGCUAUAGCGGUAACUCGACUGUCUGACAAGGAAAUAUGGCACAUAUACCGGCGAUACAGCGAUUUCUAUGAUCUGCACUGCUCUAUCAAAGACCGGUGGCCAGAAUUGAACCAGCUCUCGUUCCCGGGCAAGAAGACAUUCCAGAACACGUCCAGAUCUGUCCUAGAAAGUCGCAAGCGCACUCUUAACCACUACCUGCAGAGUCUGGCAACACUAGCUCGGGAGACCAGGUACACUGGCCUCUGGGCGCCGGCCUACUUGGGGGGCUUCCUGAGCCCUGAGAACCAGGCGGAGAAGCAUAGUAACUCGAUAGACGCGGUGCUUGUGAACUCAAUACGUGCUGGUAUGAGGACGUUGAAGAAUAUGCCUGACCAAUUUGCGAACACAGUUGACGGAGUUAUGGAUGGUAUUUCCAAAGUUUUUCAAGGAAAAAGCGGUGACAGUUAUUACGACGGACUGAAGAGUGGAAACUCUUCGGAUGGACAAGAUGAGGGCGACGAGAGCGCGUGCUUCAGGCUGCUGGAGGAGGUGCUGGGGCUGCGCGGGCUGUGGCUGCGGCGGCGGCUGCUGGCCCCCGUGCGGACGCUGAUUGCUGAUCGAGUCAAUAAAAAAGUUCUAGAACUGGUUUCGUUCCUCACCUCACCUCGAAGCGUAGUUCAGUAUUUGAAGACAUUCAAGCAAUGGCUGCAAAGUCGGGACCAAUUAAACUACGCGGUGAGGGACGACGCGACAAAGGCGCGGACGCGAGUCGUGGCUAAAGUCACGCUGCUGACGGCUUGUUCAGAUGAUCUAAGACACAUAGUGGGGUCGGACACGGCCCGGCGAGGCCUGCUCAACGUGUUCGAUCUGUUUCAGUCACAGGAGAUCAACAGACGCAUCAUAUUUGUUUUUCUCGAGUGUAUUCUGCUGAAUCUCUUUCCUGACAACAACAUUCAAGACAUCUUCAGGAGGCUGUAUGCGGACUCACCGCGCGUGCCUCCUAAGAAAGUUGUAAAUAUAUGAUCUUUAGUUUAUUUUGUAGGAAGCCAAAUGUACCUUAAUAUUUACUUUAGCAUGUAAAUUUAGUUAGUCAGAUAUUUAGAAGGUUUUGUACGACGGGCCAAAGGUUGUGUGAAUGCUGAUUUUGUUUACACGAGAUGAUUUUUUGACGGAGCGUAAAAAGAAAAUCGAAAUUGGUAAAGAUACCGUUAUACAAAAUUAGUUUUUUUUAGAUUAUAUAUCGGCGUUCCAUAUUGGUCGUACUAUUUGUAAAUUCUAGAUUUCCCGAAGAACAGACUGUUCACGAUUGUAAUACAUAAUGUACUUAUUAUUAAUUUAUAUCUUUAUGAUGAUGAGCAUAUACCUAUUGAAUACUUAUCGAAUUUCUAAAAAAAGGUAUUGUUUAUACCUUAGUAUAACUUAGCGCAGGAUAGCAAAUUAAAAUGUGUCAGCUAAGAAGGAAUCAAUUUUAAAUUUUGCACUGUUAAAACUUCAAUUUAAUUUUUUGAAAGCCGACAAUAUGAUCUACUGAGUAAAUCUUACUUUCCAUUGUUUUAUUAGACUAUGCAUGCUUUCCAUAAUCUAAAUUUAAGAUUUGAGAUUGCCUAAAUUAAAAUUGCCUUAUAAUCGGUUCCAUUAUUGACGUAAAGCAACGUCU